AUGCUUUUCCCGUAUCGCAUUACGGCCUGCCUGGCAACCCUUGUUGCUGCAACUGUCGCGAGUUCACCUCCGAUGUCGUUCGAUGUCGUGAAACGCCAGGCGCCAGAAGGUCACACGCCUUUACAGACAAAUGUGACUUGGGAUUCACAGUCUCUCUUGAUUAAUGGGGAGAGAAUCAUGAUACUUAGCGGUGAAUUUCACCCUUUCAGGCUUCCAAGUCCUUCAUUAUGGCUUGACGUGUUCCAAAAAGUUAAAGCUUUAGGAUUCAAUACCGUCAGCUUUUACGUUGAUUGGGCUUUAUUGGAAGGAAAGCCCGGUGAUUUCAGAGCCAAUGGUGUCUUUGCUCUGGAUCCUUUCUUUGACGCAGCCACGCAGGCAGGCAUUUAUCUCAUUGCGCGUCCGGGUCCCUAUAUCAAUGCCGAGGUAUCUGGCGGCGGCUUUCCUGGAUGGUUGCAGCGGUUGAAUGUAACGCUCCGUUCCUACAAUAUGUCAUAUCUAGAGGCUACUGAUAACUAUAUAUCCCACGUGGCGGGUUCGAUUGCUAAGGCGCAAAUCACCAAUGGGGGUCCGGUGAUUCUGUAUCAACCGGAGAAUGAGUAUAGUGGUGGCUGUUGCGGUGUGUUGUUCCCAGACCCUAAUUACAUGCAGUAUGUGGAGGACCAGGCUCGCAAAGCUGGGGUUACUGUACCCUUUAUCAACAACGAUGCGUGGGAAGGAGGGCAUAAUGCUCCGGGAACUGGACUUGGCCAGAUUGACAUCUACGGCUUUGAUAAUUAUCCGCUUGGCUUUGAUUGUAGUGACCCAAAAACAUGGCCUGGUCUUUCCGGCAUGGCUACAGACUUCUAUUCAACUCAUCUGCGUAUUAGUCCUAAUACUCCACUAUCUCUGGAUGAAUUCCAAGGAGGGUCAUUCGAUCCUUGGGGCGGAACGGGAUAUGCAGGAUGUGCUGCGCUUCUGGGUCCUGAAUUCGAACGUGUGGUAUAUAAGAAUAACGUCGCGUCAGGAGCCAAGAUCGUCAACUUAUACAUGAUUUACGGUGGCAUGAACUGGGGAAAUCUUGGCUAUCCUGGAGGCUAUUCCUCCUACGACUACGGUGCUGCCAUAAGUGAAUCCCGUAAUGUGACUCGUGAGAAGUACAGUGAACUCAAGCUUCUUGGCAACUUCUUGAAGGCUUCUCCGUCGUAUCUAACAGCCUCCCCUCAGAGUGCCUCGUCCGGAAUUUACACAGACACCACAGAUUUGACUAUAACCCCGGUUGUUGGCAAUACUACGGCGUAUUUUGUUGUCAGACACAACAACUACACCAAUCAGUCAUCGAUCAGAUAUAAGCUUAAACUUCCCACUAGUGCUGGAAAUUUGACCGUUCCACAGUUAGGAGGUGUUUUAUCGCUUAAUGGACGAGACUCCAAGAUUCAUGUUGUCAAUUAUGAUUUAGGGGGGACUGAUCUGUUGUACUCUACCGCUGAGAUUUUUACGUGGAAGAAGUAUGCUAAUGGUAAGAUCCUGGUCCUUUACGGCGGACCCGGUGAACACCAUGAACUAGCCAUCUCAAGCACCUCACAGGCGUCCAUACUUGAGGGGCUGGCAAGAACCGAAAACAUUGGUCAGCAUACUGUCGUAAGCUGGGACGUCGCUUCUACUCGGCAAAUUGUCGUGAUCGGGGAUAUGAAAAUCUUGCUGCUGGACCGAAAUUCCGCCUAUAACUACUGGGUUCCCGAAUGUCCCACCGAAGGCAUUUCACCUGGCCUCAGUACUCCGGAGAAAACGGCCUCUUCGAUCAUUGUAAAGGCAGAUUAUCUUGUCAGAUCCGCACAUUUGCAAGGCGCCGACCUCCAUCUUACGGCGGAUUUCAACACAACAAGUGCAAUUGAGGUUAUUGCUCCUCCAAAGGGUGCUCAUGCUCUAUUUGUUAACAGUCAAAAAGUGCCUUUCGAAGUUGACAAGCACGGGUUCUGGACCGCUAAAAUGCCUUAUGUUCCCCCCAAAAUUGAGCUUGUCGAUUUCAAAGCGCUUGACUGGAAGUAUCUAGAUACGCUACCCGAACUUUCGCCUACUUAUGAUGACUCUACUUGGCGAGACGCUGAUAUUCCCCAUACUACUAAUACAUUUCAACCACUGAACACCUCAACCUCGUUGUUUGGAUCGGACUACGGCUUUAACACCGGCUAUCUCGUGUUCCGCGGACACUUCGUUGCUCGAGGUACCGAAACCGACUUUUUCAUCGAAACACAAGGUGGCACUGCGUUCGGCAGCUCAGUGUGGCUAAAUAAUACACAUUUGGGCUCGUUUGCAGGAAAUAGCAUCGAUGAGGACUCUAAUCAAACCUAUUCACUUCCUCCCUUAACACCUAGAGAGCAUUAUACGAUAACAGUUGUGAUUGACCAGACUGGCAUGAUGGAGAACUGGGUCAUUGGGUUAGAUGAUAUGAAGGAUCCCCGCGGAAUAAUAAGUUAUCAGCUGUUUGGCUCUAACGAUACUGCAGUCACCUGGAAGGUAACUGGGAACUUUGGCGGCGAGGAUUACAUGGAUAAGGUUCGCGGUCCUCUCAACGAAGGCGGUUUGUAUUGCGAGCGCCAGGGUUUCCAUCAACCUCAACCACCAAGCGAUUCCUGGGAGACUUCUAGCCCAUUCGAAGGGAUUUCCAAACCAGGUAUUGCGUUUUAUUCGACAAGUUUUGAGCUUGACGUUCCGGACGGAUGGGAUGUUCCAUUAUCCUUCCAGUUUGGAAACAACACCAGUCCUCCUCCUAAAUACCGCGCAAUCCUCUUCGUUAACGGAUACCAAUUUGGUAAGUACAUCAACAACAUUGGUCCGCAGACUCAGUUCCAUGUUCCGCAGGGAAUUUUAAACUAUCAGGGAACAAACUGGGUUGGUGUGACUCUGUGGGCUCAGCAGCCGAAUGGAGCUAAAUUAGACGGCUUUCAACUCGUCAAAGAGACGCCAGUCUUGUCUGCUCUCGCCGGAAUCCGUUCAGUCGAACAGCCUAGGUACUACGCUCGAGCGGGCGCGUACUAA